AUGUUGUUCGAGACAGCUUUAUGCGAGUUAGGAGUGCCCGUUCUCUACCUCCCAAAUCUACUCGGUUUUGCCGAGGGAUGGCUCAACUUUUUGCCUGUUCAAUACCCAUAUGCUCUUGUCGCCCUCCUAUUGUGCCUCACCGCUGUCAGUGCCCUUCACGCGGUCGUUUAUCGACAGCAACAGUUACUCCCAUUUGACUCAAAAGCCAAAUUGUCUGAAUGUCAGUUGUGGUUCUUCUGGAUAUUCGUCUACGUUUUUUUGAUAUUCCCGCCGCCAAUGUGCAGCUUUCUUUUAACGUAUACGAAUGUGGCAAGUGAGAACAUUUAUCUUAUGCCUCUCGAAGCGGCUCAAAUCUAUUUCGCGUACCCGGAACGAGUUUUCGUCUAUGAAAUCCAGGGGAAUAUGCUAGUUUACACACAAAAAGUCUUUGGGUCGACAGAGCUGGACCCAACUUCUGGCCUUGCCUCUCCGGUUUCAAAAACCUCAAGUCCGGCUCAGAUUUGCAUCUUCAAACGC